AGUGAGCAUUUGUACAUCAAUUGACAUUGUAAUCUAUACAGCCAAUUGUCUCCCGUCUCUUCUUCAACAUGAGCCACGGAAUAAAGUCAACAUCAGGAUCCCUGAAGGGAAUCAGUCAUGUUGGUGGCCACUGUUCCAAGAUCUCAAGCCAUGUGUCUACCGUUCAUCAUGGAGGAUCUCAUAAAGCCAUUCAUGGAGGAUCACAUAAAGUACACAGUGGAGGAUCAAACCUGUCUCUCGGAGGAUUAAAUUUAGGACAUCAUAGUGGUCACUUCAGAGCCCCAAGUGUCCAUGGUGGAUCAGGAGGUAAAGGUAUCUCUAUUUCCAAACACAGCCAUGGGCAUAGCUCUGGAAGUCUACAUGGUGGAAAUAGUCAUGGUGGCCAUUUUAGCAGCUUCGCAAGCCAUGGUGGUUGGAAGAAUGAUGGGAUGUUCAGUGUUAAUGAGAAAGAAACCAUGCAGCUUCUGAAUGAUCGACUGGCUUCCUAUCUGGAGAAAGUCCGCUCACUUGAGCAGGAAAAUGCCCAACUGGAGAGGAAUAUCCGAGAGUGGUAUGAGAAGCAUCAACCCAGUGCUUUUCCUGACUUCAGCAACUUCUUUAGAACCAUUCAGGACCUUCAGUGUCAGAUCUCUGCAGCCACUGUGGAAAAUGCUAGGGUUGUUCUACAAAUAGACAAUGCCAGGUUGGCCGCCGAUGACUUCAAGAACAAGUACGAGAUGGAACUCCGACUGAGGAACAAUGUUGAGGCAGAUGUAAGUGGUCUACGUAGAGUUCUAGAAGGCUUGAACUCAGAAAGAUGCGACCUUGAAGUCCAGGUGCAGAACCUUCAGGAAGAGCUGCAGCAAAUGAAGAGAAACCAUGAAGAGGAAGUGAACUCUCUGCGUGCUCAGUUGGGUCAAAGAGUAAAUGUGGAAGUGGAUGCUGCUCCAUCUGUAGAUCUCAAUCGAUCAUUGUCUGAGAUACGAGAGCAAUAUGAAAACCUGAUGGAUAGGAACCUGAGGGAAGUUGAGAACAUGUUCUUGCAAAGGACUGAGGAGUUGAAUCGUGAAGUAAUUUCAGGUUCCGAGCAGUUGCAGUCUGUCCAAACUGAGGUAAUUGAGCUCAGACGUAGCGUCCAGACAUUGGAAAUUGAACUGCAAAGCCUGCAAAGCAUGAAAUGUGCUCUGGAAGGCACCUUGGCAGAAACAGAAGCCAGUUACAGCUCCCAACUCUCCCAACUGCAAGGUAUGAUCAACAACGUUGAAUCUCAGCUGUCACAGAUCCGAUCUGACCUGGAGCACCAGAACCAUGAGUACAAAAUUCUCAUGGACCAAAAGACCCACCUGGAGCUGGAGAUUGCCACCUACAAACGCCUUCUAGAUGGACAUGACAUCCAUGUUUCUGGACAUAACUUUUCAAGUGGCAAAGAAGGGUCUCACCAUCACGCCACAAUUUCCCAUCAUACCUCAGAACAUGCCCACCACACCAAAUAGAUGGGAGAAACAAACUGAUUGGAGCAGAGCAGGAAAUCUUCAUGCAUCUUCCUAAAAGUUGAUAAAUCUGUCUCUUUAAAUUUGUGUUUGAAUUUCUCUCCUAUAAAAUCAUCCCUUCUCUUUAUAUAGACAAAUUAAGGUUUUCUGCAUUUGCUUUGUGUAUCAUUUUCUCAAAUUAAAUCUAUCUGUUUCAUGCAA